GAAGAAUGGGUGGUACUUUACGAAGAUUCGACGUUGGCUUGGUACUCGGACAAAGGGCUAGGUAGGCCGAAAGGGUACGUCAGAAUCAGCGAGGCCCCAGAGCUGCUGGCAGUUGGAGAAUGGACGAGACAAGUACCUAGGAGACCAAAGUUCCCACAUUUCUGCAACAUUGGUCAGUUGCUUGCUAUUGGUAGUAGAGCCAUGCGAGAUGUGCACUGGCUAAUGGCUCAAUCACCGGCGGAAAUCAACGACUGGAUGACAGCAAUCAGCAAUACGCUGCCCCCUCCCCCACACCUCCCUCUAGACGACAAAAGACUGUCGCUGACGCCUCAGCAGCAGCAGGAUAUCGUCACCAACAAACGCCAGCACCUGUCGAACGGCUGCGCAGCAAGAACCAACUGCUGCCCAGACAGAACCACCUCAACCACCUCCACAACCUCCGCCUGCACCAACAGCAAACAAAGGACGUACGAAGCCGACCACACCGUCCUGUCUGGAGUCUGCAUCGACUGGGGCCACGGCUGGGGCUGGGGCCAAAAUGCCUGGACCGUCCAUUCGUUGUACGCUCAUGACGUGGCCGCAGUGACGUCAUCGGUGUUCUGCCACAUCGCUGACGACUACACCGUGGGGGGCAUAGAAGAAGCCGAUUGGAGCGCGUUCGGAGACUUUUGCUUCUAAGCGGCGGCUAGCCGACAGGAUUUCUGAGUGGCUCGCUUGAUGCCGCUAGGUGGCGCGGGGCCCAUAGCGUAAGGAGAUUUUGGUCUGGAGGAGUUUCGGGUACAUCUCUUGUGAGAGUAUAUCGAGAUGCGGAGGAUUUGUUUGCUACCGCUAUGAAGCGGUUUGUUACUCGGAAUUGGUGCUUAUUUCGAUUUGUGUCCCAAAAUUAUUGGUAGCUAGCUUCAAUUUCUGUUGAUGAUCUGAACUAGGUUCGAUUUCAACUCAUACUGUGAGCUGAUAUUUGUUUCUUGAUA